AUGAUGAUGAAGCAAUCGUCAUGGGGUUGCACAAUCUUCAUCCAGUUAUCUCUCUGUCUCGUCGUCUAUGUGUCUCUGCAUUUGGGUCACCCGUUCUUGUUCACUAGUCACGAUGGUGAUGACAAUGCCGGAGCUCUAGAUCUCCAUUUCAUCUCCGUCUCCGGCGGUUUCAGGCCUCUACAACGCCAAACUCGCCUUCUCCGAUUGAUGGGAAGAGUUGCAGAAACUUACAAGGCGAAAUUUGUGGUGAGCACAAGUGAAUUUGGUGAAGAAGAUCCACUCCUGCAAAAUGCUACACGAGUCUCCUCUUCACUGAAACUUCCAUGGUUCACUACGAAGAAAGGAUCUGGAAAUUCCAGAGAGCACAUCAAAUUGCCAUUUGGUGGAUUCUUGGAUGUUAUUUUCGUAGACACUGGCUCGUUGCAGCAGGAAGUCCUCGGUGGAGCAUUGAAUGGCUCAAUGAUCAGUCAACUUAAAGGACUUACAAGGAUUCUAAAAGCAGCAGAUGGAGACUGGCGCAUUGUGGUUGGAUCUUCAACAGUGAAUAAAGGUGCAGAGGAAGCCAAGGGGGUUUCAAGGACGUUUCAUCAAAUCAUGACCAAAUAUGGAGUGAACUUAUAUAUAAGCGAGAGAGGCUGCACCAGCGGAGCCAGCGACGAUAGCUUCUCUUGCAUUACGGUUCCUAAUCAAUCAGAGAGCCGAGGUUCAACGAAUGAUAGUAAGAGAGAAAUGGAAGAUGGGUUUCUUCUGCAUAGAGUUAGCUUCUCAGAGUUUGUUACUUAUACUAUCAACUUAUCAGGACAAGUCAUAGACACAAGAUUAGUCAAGCAGAAAGGCAAAGAGGCCAUCUAA